UUUGCCCGAUCGCUACACCCCUGGCCUCAUACGGGAGUUUCAUAUCAGGCGCGCAGGGAAUGUCUCGAUAGCAAAGCCUGUUCGCAGCGUUCAAGUUCCGAGACGCGACAAGGCAUAUAUUCAACGUUGCCUGUGAGAAGAAACCUUAAUCAUGUCUCAGAAAGCUAGGUUGACCUACUUCAACGGCCGCGGCAGGGGCGAGUCCAUCCGUUUCAUGCUGGGGGCCGCAGGUUUCGAGUUCGAUGAGGUGUUUCUGGAGACUAAGGAGCAGAUGGAGGAGCUGAGAGCACGUGGAGACCUCCUCUUCCUCCAGGUACCACUGCUGGAGAUAGACGGGAUGAAGAUGGUUCAGACCGGCGCCAUGUUACGUUACAUCGCGCGCAAAGCAUCCCUGUUCGGCAGGGACGACAAGGAGUCUGCCAGGAUUGAUAUGCUGGCGGAUGGUGUCCGUGACUUCCAGCUGAAGUUCCUCGGGAUACCUUUCCAGUCGGACCCGACGGAGCUCCUGGCGACGAUCCGAGACAAGGACCUGCCCCGCUACCUCCCGAUCUACGACAAGGUCCUCCAAGACAACGGCACAGGUUUCCUGGUGGGCGGGUCUCUGUCCAUGGCAGACGUCUUGCUGUUCGAGGCGCUUCUUAGUGUGGAUGAAGUGUUCCCGGAGCUUCUUAAAGAUUAUCCUAAACUUCAGGAGUUCCGAGACCGCGUGGCCGCCCAGCCCAACAUGGCCAAGUUCCUAGCUGGAGGACAGAGGAAGCCGCCAGGGGACGCUGUGUACAGGGACACCGUGGACGCCGUCCUGGGACGGAAGUGACGUUCAUCCCGGAUGUGACGUCAUAAAGAAAGAACCUGGCAAAGAGCUAUUAUUUAUGAUUAUUAUUUUCAUUUUGUGAUAUUUGAUGAAGUGAAUUGUGCAAAUAUUAAAUGCCAAGAUGAAAUGCCACAAGAAAAUAUUAAUUUAUGUCACCUAUUUACUUUGAUAAACGACAAGCCAUAAAUUACAAGUACGUGUGCCAAAUAUAUGAUACGAAUUCAUUUCA